GUUUGUGCGCCUUCCAGGCUCGCCGUCCCUUCCUCGGAGCCCUCUUCGGGGUGCAGCGGCGUCGCCCGAGCGGGACCCCGCUCCCCGCGCGCCUGCGCCCUCCAUCUUCCCAGCGUGCUCCGCGGCGGCGCGAGUCCGCGGCCAUGUUGCGGUAGUUUGUUGUUUUCUUCCUGCGGAGGCGAAGCUACUGCUGCUCCUGCUGCUGUGCUUCCCAACCCGCCCGGCCUCGCCUGGCUCCCCUUCCCCUCCCCCGGCCCCAGCCCUGGCCCGCCGUCCCCGUCCCUCCCCGUCCUCCGUCCCCCCGUCCCCGGGCCAGGCCGGGCGGCCCAGCAGCUGGCUUGGUGGGACGAGGCUGAAGGCCGGCCCCAGCGAGCACCAUGGCGGCCGCCCUGGGUGCAGGCGGAGGAGCCGGCGCAGGAGAUGACGACUUUGACCAGUUUGAUAAGCCUGGCGCGGAGCGCUCCUGGAGGAGAAGAGCCGCGGACGAGGACUGGGACAGUGAACUGGAGGAUGACUUACUUGGAGAAGACUUGCUCUCUGGCAAAAAGAAUCAGUCGGAUCUGUCAGAUGAAGAGCUAAAUGAUGAUCUUUUACAGAGCGACAAUGAAGAUGAAGAAAAUUUCAGCUCCCAGGGUGUCAAAAUUAGCCUGAAUGCCACAUCUGGCAUGGUUACAUCCUUUGACAACACUAAUGACCAGUCUGGAGAGCAGGAAUCGGAGUAUGAGCAAGGCGAAGAUGAAUUAAUUUACCACAAAUCUGAUAGAACGGAGUUAUAUUCGCAAGAGUACCCGGAAGAAGGCCAGUACGAAGGCCAGGAGGCCGAGUUGGCCGAAGACCAAAUAGAAUAUGUGGAGGAGCCGGAGGAGGAGCAGCUUUACAAUGACGAGGUGCUGGACAUCGAGAUCAACGAGCCUUUAGAUGAGUUUACCGGAGGUAUGGAAACUUUGGAACUCCAGAAGGACAUAAAAGAAGAAUCAGAUGAAGAAGAUGAUGACGAUGAAGAAUCUGGACGAUUACGUUUCAAAACUGAAAGGAAAGAAGGAACAAUUAUUAGGCUCUCAGAUGUAACUAGAGAGAGAAGGAACAUUCCAGAAACUUUGGAGCUUUCAGCAGAAGCCAAAGCUGCAUUGCUUGAAUUCGAAGAAAGAGAGCGACAGCAUAAACAGGGACGCUAUGGUUCCAGGCGGGGUGCAAGGAGAGGCGGCUCUUUGAUGUGUCGUGGAAUGGGAGACCAGAGGCGAGAUACCAGUGACAGGGGGAGGAUGAAAGAUCAUCGGCCAGCUCUGUUGCCUACGCAGCCUCCUGUUGUGCCACAGCCUCCCCCUCCGCCGCCGCCACCACCGCCGCAGCAGCCCAUCAGAAGUCUGUUCCAGCAGCAGCAGCUGCAGCCACUGCUCCCCUUGCAGCACCCGCAUCACCCCUCCCCUCCUCAGGGGAUGCACAUGCCUCCCCAGAUAGAGACCCCGAGGAUAAUGAUGACGCCUCCUCCCGUGACUCCCCAGCAGCCCAAGAACAUCCACAUCAAUCCACACUUCAAGGGAACCGUGGUGACUCCUGUUCAAGUGCCCUUGCUGCCCGUUCCAAGCCAGCCGAGGCCUGCUGUGGGACCGCAGAGAUUUCCUGGCCCUCCGGAGUUUCCCCAGCACACACCUGGGCCGGUUCCCAACACCUUCAGCCAGCCGCCCCGGCUUCCUCUCCAGGAGCAGUGGAGAGCACCACCCCCGCCCCAGGACCGAGACCCUUUCUUCCUGGGAGUUUCAGGUGAACCGAGGUUUCCGAGUCACCUGUUUCUGGAGCAACGAAGUCCACCACCACCGCCGCCUCCGCCCACACUUCUCAAUAGUAGUCACCCUGUGCCCACGCAGAGUCCCCUACCGUUUACUCAGCCAGCACCAGCGUUCAGUCAGCAGGGACAGCAGCCCGUGUUCCCGAGGGAGCGGCCCGUCAGGCCAGCCCUGCAGCCUCCGGGGCCCGUGGGCAUCCUGCACUUUAGCCAGCCAGGGGCAGCCACCACGAGACCUUUCAUUCCUCCUCGGCAGCCGUUUCUCCCUGGCCCGGGACAGCCGUUCCUGCCCACCCAUGCCCAGCCCAACCUGCAGGGGCCCUUGCAUCCUCCGCUGCCCCCUCCACAUCAGCCCCAGCCCCAGCCUCAGCAGCAGCAGCCGCAGCACCAGCAGCAGCAGCCGCAGCACCACCAGCACCAGCCGCCGCUCCAGCCACCGCACCAGCCGCCGCACCAGCCCCCUCCGCAGCACCAGCCCCAGCACCAGCCCCAGCACCACCAUCACCUCUCUGUUCCUCCCCCUCCUCUGAUGCCCAUGGCGCAGGCACAGUUCAGGCCCCACGUGCAGACUGCUCAGCCUCAGCCGAACAACAGCCGGAUGCAGUGCUCCCAGCGCCAGGGGCUCAGGCAUAACGCAACAUCUCAGAAUGUCACCAAACGACCAAUGCAGCAAAUGCAGCCCACCGCUCCUCGGAACAGCAAUUUGCGCGAGCUACCCAUCGCUCCCUCACACGUCAUAGAAGCAAGCAGCCGCUGCUCCUCCACUCCUGCGGCUCAGGCCAAACCUGCCCGGAGCGCACCGGCCAAGGCGGAAGUGAAGGUGAAGCCGGUCAGUCCCGUGCCUCAGCCAACAGAAGAAGCAAAGACGGAGCCAGAGUUUCCUGAUGAAGAUGAAGAAACAAGGUUAUAUCGCUUAAAGAUAGAAGAGCAGAAACGUCUAAGAGAAGAAAUUUUGAAGCAGAAAGAAUUACGGCGGCAACAGCAGGCUGGUGCCAGGAAGAAGGAGUUGCUGGAGCGGCUGGCGCAGCAGCAGCAGCAGCAGCAGCAGCUCUACGGUCCGCAGCCCCCGGCAGAAGCAGAGGAGCAGACGGCGGCGUCCUCGCCCACCAACGGGAACCCACUGUUACCCUAUCCAGGCGCGCAGUGCAGACCGAAUGUGAAAAACAGACUGCUUGGUAAAAGCCAAGAUGUCACCGUCUCAAAUGUUCAGCCCAAAACAUCCAGUUUUGUCCCAUCCGGUGCUAACACGCAGUAUCAAGGACAGCAGACGAAACCGCUGAAACAUCUGCGCCAGACCAGAACAGUACCUCCGAGUCCAGCGCAGCCCUUGCACAAAGUGCUGCAGGUAAAACCUGCAGAUGCGGAGGAGCCCCCAGCUGCCUCCCAGACUGCCCGAGUGGCAUCUGUCCAGAGCCAGCCCACAGACACAAAACCCGGCGUCAAAAGGACUGUGAUGCAGCGGGCCAACAGUGGCAGCGGAGACGGGCCGCAUGUCAGCUCCAAGGUCAGGGUGAUUAAGUUGUCAGGCGGGGGAGGAGAAAGCGAUGGCUUUUUUCACCCCGAGGGUCAAUCCCAGCGGCUUCCUCAGCCUCCGGAAGUGCGGCAGCUGCCCAUCCGCAAGGUGACGCUGACCAUUGGCGGCCUUCAGCAGCCCCAGCACCCCCCGGUCGGGCCUCACAUGCACUCAGCCGUGCCUCCCGGGAUCAAAAGCAUCCAAGGAAUUCACCCAGCAAAGAAGGCCCUCAUGCAUGGAAGAGGCAGAGGAUUGGCAGGCCCCAUGGGCCGAGGGCGCCUGAUGCCAAACAAGCAGAACCUGCGAGUGGUGGAGUGCAAGCCGCAGCCCUGCGUGGUGUCUGUGGAAGGGCUCUCAUCGUCCACCACGGAUGCCCAGCUGAAGAGCCUGCUCAUGUCGGUGGGGCCCAUUCAGAGUUUACAGAUGCUUCCCCAGCAGCGGAAAGCCAUAGCGAAGUUCAAGGAACCAGCCCACGCACUGGCAUUUCAGCAGAAGUUCCACAGGCAUAUGAUAGAUUUGUCCCACAUAAACGUGGCCCUGAUUGUGGAGUGAGUGCUCGCGGCAGAGCCUGACCCUUCGCUGCACACGCACUGUGGAGUUGCUUCCAGGAAGCUGCCGGCCGGCGCAGUCCUCGGGAGCUUGCCUCCGGGAGCUUGCCUUGCGUUACUGUUGUCUGCAGCGGCAGCCAGCCGUAGGGUUGGUUCCGGGAAGAGCUGUACUUAACGGACCUAGCAAGCUGGAAUUGGGUGUUCAUUUGCUUCAGGUUCUGUUGUCAACACGGAGAACUCCAGUGUUUUGUUUUGUUUUCCAAGUGCUCACAGUGCAUGUAGACAUUUGUUCUUCAUGAUCUUACUGUAUGAUUGAUCAGUGACAGAUUGAGGCAAGAACACCAACGUCACAAAUCCUUAAGUAUUUUUCACAGCAAAGAAUAUUUGAUAAUGGUUGCACUUAUCUUCAGUACAGGCUAGAAAAAGACUUUUCUUACAAACUUGACUUGUUUAUUCAGCCCUCAAAAGGCUCUCAUUAAAAAAAAAAAAAGAAUAAGGAAAGAAAAGCAAAACUUAGUUUAAAAUUUGGGUGGUGAUUCAUUGACGUUCCGUAUCCUGGGGAGCCAGGGUAUGAGCGGGGUGGUUGGGAGUGGAGCUGUUUCAAGUGGCAGAUUCUGCUUCUUGUACAUAUCCCAAAAGCUUAAGCUGUCUGAUCCUCCUUCUGAGAACCAGCCACUCCUUCCCAAACCAGGUGAAAAGGCGGACUCGUUCCAUCAGGCUCCCUCAGCCCAGAGGAGGGCAGCCCCCUUCUGCAGCCCUCCGAUCUAGUUUCUCUUUUAAACGCAGCUCAAGGUGGCAUGUUUGUGCCACUGGCUCUGUGACAUGUGCCAUUCCUUGGGAAACUGAACAUCAUUGCUUUGAUUCGCUGGUUGCUGUUUUGUUUUGUUUUUAAAGCAGAUUUCCCAGCAGGGGCUGCAUGGUCCUCCCUGGGACCUGAGAGGAGUGCUCUUCAUUCUGGCAAGCCAGUCUCGGUGGCAUGUGUGCUGUGAGGGUAGUUGUCUCAGAGGGACAACAGAGCUCCAAAUAAGUGUAUCAUCUUUGGAACUAGGGAGGUUCCACUGGUUGAAACUCAGCUCUCUGCGGAGCAUCAUUUAGUAUAAUCCAUCGUGGGCAAACACUGAAAAAGUGCCUUACUGUAUUUCUGCUCAUGCAAGAAUUUCAGUGUUUUAGAUUUGCUCUAAAGUAUACCAGAGUGAAUUACACUAGGGCAGACUCACACUUUUUUGGUCCUAUUUUACAGCUGUGAUUUCAUGGCUGAUUUCUUAACAGAAUUAAGCCAGUGAGGACCAGAGUGGACCCCGCAGGUGAGGCUGGAGCAGGUGUGUCCCUUAGGCCUGCCAGCCUUCUGGCGGGGCUCAGGAGACCAGGGCACAGGAUUCUGGAGCUGCUGCCAUCCGCAGGUGGAAUUUUAUAUUUAUUCAGAUUAGGUUACUGAAGCAAAGACUCAGAACUAGGGAACAGUGUUCCAUACUCUAAAAGACUUGCUGUAGCAUUGAUUCUAAAAUAUCAGUGCACACCCUAAAGAACGCUACCAAAACGUAGGUGGUUGUUGAUGGGAAGAUUUGGGUUCCAGGAAAGUUUGGGCCAUUGUAGGCUGUCUCAGAAAACUCAGCGGGGUAGCUAACCCCCUCUGUUCUGAAAAACCCCUGCCUAGCCCUAGCAGGUGGCCCUGUGAGCAGCCUCGCCUCCCCAUGCCUGCGGUAAGAUCCUUGGGUCAGUUUGUGUCUCUGCCAGGUGGCAUGGCUGCAUUUACCCAUGUCAGGGUAUUCAUAAGUAGAAACAUAUGUGUUACACAUUUAAGAGAGUAGUUCGUAUGGCUUAGUGCUUAGAGAGCUGCAUUAAAAUGAUAGGCUGCUGGCCCAACAGCUCUAAGGAAGGGACAUCCAAACCACUAGUACCACCGGGCUGUGGGAGGCUUACUGACUUGGCGUAUCAUUGAGGACAGGAAAAUGGGCUUGGCAGUCUUUCACUGCUUUCUAAAAUAAACUGAACAUGCUUUUGUCUUAAAACCAAAAUUUGUCCUGCUGUCUCUGAAAAGGAGGCACUGAAAUGUACUUUUUUCUAGUUAGUGUCACAACUCAUCUUGACCGUGCACCGUCAUUCAAGAGAGACUGGCGUCUCCGUUAGGCUCUGCCGUCGAUGCUGCGCAGGUGGAAGGCGCUUGUCCAGAUGACGUGUGUCCGUAGUUGUCUGCACACGAGUGCGCAGGCAGGGUUUUCAGAGUGCUCCAGAAAGACCACCACCACGUCUUCAGGACCUCUCUGAAGCUCUGCUUAGAAUAGCGAAGCCUAGCUCUGGCUUUCCCUGAUCGUCACAGCCGUUGGAAGUGGUCUCACAAUGCCAGACAAUCUAGGAAUAAAGGUCUAGUUUCUAUGAAGGAAACGGCAAAAAAAGGAAAGAAGCAGAAUUAGAAAGUAAUAUUCUUUUCAUUUUUGGUAUACUUCUCCCAGUGAAGUCAGACCACGUCAGCUGACCCCUCGUGGAAGAUCUGCUGCAACCAUUAUCUUUGUUCUUUCUUUAUCAUGCAUUCAAAAUGAGAUGCACACGCGUUCAGCAUACUGUGUACAUACGGACCUUUUAAAAUUAAACUGUUCUUGGAAAUGCUUUCAACUCUGCAACAUCUUAGCUGUUUGUUAGUUCUUUUGUGUUGUCUUAUCAAAGUUUAAUGGACAAAAUUCCAUGACUGUUGAUGUGUUUGUGUGCAUAUUCGAUUUUUAUAAAGAUGGUAGUAAGUCAAUACAUUUACCCUGAUCUGUGUAUUAUUUGUUCACAAGUUCAAGAAACUUAAGGGCAGGAAGUACCAUUAUAUCUCUCGUAAGGUCAAUCAGUAGGUGGUUAUGUGGAACCAAGCUGCUUUUCUCUUUCUUUUUGCGUUGUUUUGAUUUUGUACUGUACUGUAAGUUCAUUUAGCUAUCCAUCUGAACAGUUAACCUCGCAUACCAUUGGUCUGGCCACAUUUGUUAAACCUUUACCCUGAUUCUCUUCAAAAGGGGGGGGGCGGGACUUGUCUCUUUUUUCUAAAAGAAUGCUGGGGAGUUUUCUCCCCUUUUUGGACAGGCAGUUUUGUGCCUUAGGCGCCUGUGCCCCUGCGCUGUGGAGGAGAAUGGAUGGGAUGGGAGUGGGUAGUUCCUAACGUAAUUUGUAAAGGUCCUGGACAAACAAUUGUAUGAGCUCGGUUCUGUAGCAUUUUGGAAUUGUGACAGCUUAGAUUCUGCACCCAGGGAUCUGCUUUCAAAAGAAAUGUUUUGCCAAGUUCUACAAACAGAAGGCUUUGGUCCUGAAAGAGGCUGGAGAGCUGGAGUGAAGGGGAGGGAGGACUGGACGGCCGCAGGGAAGAGGAGUCUUGCAGACUGGGAGAAGUUGUCCCAUAAGUGUUAAUGGUAAACUGCCUUCUGACACCAACUGGCAAGGUGAGGUCACCCAGUCAAGCUGAGAGCUUGUGGGCAGGCAUUCCAGGCUGCGGCCGGUGGCUGCUGUGCUGGGCAUGCUUGCCGCGGGCUACUGCCGCCCCCCGGGCCGCGCUUGGCUCCUGUCACAGGACAAGGGCUGGGUGGGAGAGAUGAAGAUGGUGGGGUAGGAACCUGCCCUUUUCUUUUGGAUUUUGGAUUUUCUUUUUUGUUUUAUUGUGUUGAAUUUGUUUUUUAUUUCCUUGCUGUUGUAAUGGGAAGGUAAGCUCAGUACGCUGUAGAGCACUGGAGGGACCCUGGGUGAAGGCAGAUUUUAGUUGCCUAGUGGCACAGAAGCGAGGGGCUCCGUGUUGGCUGCAGGGUCAUUCUUAGACAUUUGCAGGGUCCUAGAAACUGUUGCGCUCUGCAUCCUUGGAGAGACACAGUGCCAGUCUGGCCCGAGGCGCCUUCCUAGUGCCCAUCGGGCCUGGCCCCUGCUGCUUCCCGGACGCCCCUCCCAGGAGUCAGGUUUGAGUUUUCUGCUGUCCCACCCCGAAGGGCUGAGUUCUGGCUUCACUGCUCCCAUUGAGAUGCACCUGGCCCUUGUCUCAUGACACUAAAGGCCACCUAGCUCUUUCUGUGGAGCGGGGAGACAGGGUGGGAGACGAAAAGCUGGAAAGCUAUUGCUGUUUCUUCAACACAUUGUAACAUAAUUAGAAGGGCUUGAGGGCUGCAGGAUAGGAAGGGACCAAGAUUGCACUCCUCACCCAGGAAAGCCACAGCAGCUUAGAUCAUUCAGAGGGAAGUGUAGAUACUUCAUUGUAUUAAAUGGCUGUGUCCAUCGACUUUUUAAACUAUGAAGUGUUACUUUAAAAAUAUUUUUAAAAUAUGAACUCUCCAAAGGCAUUUAGCCUUGAUCUAGCAUUAAAUCCUAAGGAUUUUCUGUAAGGUUUUUCUGCGACCUACUUAAUUUUUAUUGUUUUGGGUGCCUGGUUCAUUAGGUGCAUCAGGUCAUGGUUUUAUGUACUAGAACCAAAGCAAAACCCCCUGAUUCAUAUUGGAUCCCCAGGUAUACCGUCUGGUAGCAGCAUGGGUGGAAAGGAGCAUGCGUUGACACGUUUCUAACCAGCCUUUUCUAGAGCAUGCUCUGAAUAUCUUAACUCUUGCUUUUUUGUGUCGUAGUUUGGUUGGUAGGGAGUCGUUCCGUUAAGAUGAGCAGGUAGAACAGAUCUUUUUAGUAAUAAGGUUUUUUUUUUUUAAUGGCUUCUUUUACUUAUGACCAACUAAGAUAAAAAGAGGUCCUCAUAUUGAUGAUUUGUUUGGUUUCGUUUCACUAAAUUUACAAGUUGUAUAGGAAAAAAAUGCAGGUCUUUUUGAAAGAAAUGUGUAGGUUGUUUUUUGUUUUAAUUUAUAAUAUAUUCCACAGUGUGGACUGGCACACAGGUAUGCUUUUUAUGUGUUCUCUAGUAAUGUAAUACACUCUACAGGAAAGAAAAAAGGCCUUGGCAUUCUUGCAGUGUGCUUUUCCUUUCAACUGCCUUUUAUUUUAAGGACACAACUAGGUGGAAUCCGAGUCUUAAAAAUGACUUGACGUUUUUGUGCUCUGCAGUGUUUAGAAUAGCUAGCCUUUUAAGAUAGCAGGUGCCACACACAUUUAGCCUGUCAGCCGAGCAGAUAAUCACAUGUUUUUAUAAUUGAGUUUUGCUUUUCACAGGCAUAGGAUCCUGGAUGGAUUCCUCUGUGAGGAUUUGAACACGUAGGCUUUUAAUCCCACUGUUUUAAUUUUCAGGUACAACAACGAGAAAGCACAGAGUCUGUUUUUCUGGGUUUUUUUUUUUGUUUGUUUGUUUGUUUGUUUUGUUUUCAUCUUCGCACUGGUUCUCUGUUGGACGUUUCUGUUCUGUUCUUGCCACUGUUGUUCUGCUGAUGAGACCACAUCACUGAGCCCUGCUCCAGGCCCUCCCUGUCUUGUCUUUUCCAUUUGGUUUUCUUGGCUAACCUCGCCCACCAUCUUCACGUUCAUCACCCCUCUCCCACCUGGCAUUCUUUUUUUGCUGUUGAGUUGUCCAUCUCCUAUGCUUCCCACCCUCUCCCUCCGCACCUGCUCCUGGGCCGCAGCCCUGCUCCUCUUUAGCGCUGAAAAUGUAGGAUUGUGCUCUGGGUGGGAGGGACAGGUCUGGGGUGGUUUUUUUUGCACUGUUGUUCACAACCUGAUUCCCUCUAAACCUUUGCUUUGACAGGUCUCUGCUUGACGAUUUAGUCCUCCAGGUCUUUGAUUGGAGAGAAUAACGUUUGAUUCUGUUAUUUUGCAGUUGAUGCUCUGUAGGAGUGUGCGGCGACCCCCCGAUGCCAGCAUCCCGCAGCAUGCGGUUGGCCAUGUCAUUAACCACCCACUUCUUUGGUUUUUGUUUUUUUUUUGUCUCCUCUACUUUGCAGGACUUGGGCAUGGGUCAGUGUAGUAGUAGCAGCGUGCCUUCUCAUUCCGCUCGGAAGUGAUGGCCGCAUGAGCAUUGUCACUGCCCUUGCUGACUGACCCUUCCUAAGCACAGUGUGUGUGCGCCUCACGAGCUGAGGCGGAAGGUGAAGCUGUGUGUGUUGGGAGUGCGUUAACAUUUGGGAACCAGCGGUUGGCUGACUCAACUUCCCUCUGGGUUCCAUCUCAUCCUCGUUCUCCACCAAAACACACUGCACUGACUCUGGUCUGGUGCGUUAACCGCUGUGGGAACUUUGUCAAGCAUAUUUGUGAAGAGUACUAGUGCCAUAGUGGAAAAGAAACAAAUGUAUUGUUGUGUGUAUCAUUUGUGUGACUUUUAUACUGUUGGACCUGUAUUGUAAUCUGAAAGGUGUGUCAAUAAAGCUGGCUGUUUCCACUCGA